GCCAGAGAGCUUGUCGAGCCGUGCCAUGUCAGGGAACCCAGUGGCCGGCGGGCCGGGUGCCGCCGAGCCGUAUGUGCCGCAGGCGACCUACAACUUCAGCGCCCGCCUCGCGCUCACCGUCUCUUUGGUCCUCCUGAUGAUCACCGUCGUCGUCGUCGUCAUCCCUCUCAUGGUUUACCUGAUGAUCACUCGCUCACGCAGAAGCGGCGGCCACGGCCUCGCCGGCGGCAUCCUCCGGUCCGUUGGCAUGAUCGGCAGCCGGCGGCACGGGUUGGACGCGUCCGCUCUCUCGGCGCUGCCGGUCACCGCGUACCGGAAGGAGAGCGGCGCAGCCGCGAGGGCUGAGUGCGCUGUGUGCCUGGCCGAGCUCGCCGACGGAGACCAGGCUCGGGAGCUGCCCAACUGCGGCCACCUGUUCCACUUGGAGUGCGUCGACGCCUGGCUGCGCACCAGGACGACGUGCCCUCUCUGCCGUGCCCAGGCGGGGCUGCCCGGCGAGAACGGGCAGGCACAGCCGUCGUCGUCGGUGGCGGCCGAGGAGCCGGCGUUGAUUGGUGCUGCCGGAGGAAGCUUGACCGCGACCGUGCAAGGUGGCUCUCCGUGUGCCGAGAAAGACGCGCGGGUGUCAACAUCCGAAUCUCCCUGCUACAAGUAAUCAGAUAGUGUGGUAGCCUAUUUGUACUACUGUUCAAACUAUUUCUUUGUAUUUGAGUCGGCUUGUAAUAAGUGUACGUUGUGUGGCCAAUGAUCGUUAAUUAGCUGUCCAGCCUAUUCUAGUUAGAGUUAGUUUAGUGGUGUCUGCAAUUUUGCAUGGAUGUAAGUAUACAGUGGUGUGCAACUGCCUUUUGAUGUAGCAUGAUGAGCAACACGAGAACCUACCCUUGGUGCGGGUAAUGACCUGAUUUGAA